AGAGAGAGAGAGAGAGAGAGAGAGAGAGAGUUGUUAUCUCAUUUUCUCAUAUCCAACUUGUUAGAAGUUGCAAUAUUUUUGUUUUUCUUUUGUGAGAAACACCACGGAAAUGGCAAAUCAUGUGAAUAGUUGAAGGUUCUUAAUUAGUUCUUGGUAAUUAGUCAAUGCAUGCAUUUUCAAUAUUUAUUUCUACAAGUAUCCUUAGCUCUGAUCUCAUACCUCAUACCAACUCCCUCAAAGCUCAACUAGCUUUAUUCUUUAUAAUUUGCUUACCACUUGAAGCAAGAUCAAAUGUUUCACUCCACAGAUCUGGCUCUGUCUCCAAUGAAGUCCCUUGCUGCAGGAACUUCAUAUGGAGUACUUAGGCCAAUCUCCACCUUCAAACCCGCAAUCAAUGGUGAAGAUCGCGUUUCAUCUGUGAAUAGUACAACUACUACUACACACAUAACUUUCACCUGGAAACGCCAUGGUUUUUCAAGCAUGACUGGUUUAAAGCGAUCUCGACGACUGUCGAUUACUUCGAUGGGCCAAACUCCUCGAGGAGCCAAUUACGAGGUUAAGAAAAAGAUCAAAGGAAGUGUGGUGCUGAUGAAGAAGAACGUUUUGGACUUAAACGACAUCCACGCAUCGGUUCUUGAUCGUUUGCUUGAGUUGUUCAACCGAAGGGUCUCUCUGCAACUCAUCAGUGCUUUCAAUUGUGACCCCAAAAAUGGGUUGCAAGGGAAACUAGGACAGCCAGCAUAUUUGGAAGAUUGGAUUGCCAAAAUCACCCCCUUAACAGCAAGCGAGUCUGCAUUCGAUGUUACCUUUGAUUGGGACAAUGAGCUAGGAGUUCCGGGGGCAUUUCUAAUAAGAAAUAAUCAUCACAGUGAGUUCUACCUUAAAAGUGUCACACUUGAAGAUGUUCCAGGACAAGGUCAGAUCCACUUUGUUUGCAACUCAUGGGUGUACCCUGCAGAUAAAUACAAGAAAGAUCGCAUUUUCUUCACUAACAAGACAUAUCUUCCAAGUGAAACGCCAGCACCACUACUCAAGUAUCGAAAAGAAGAACUGGUGAGCUUGAGAGGAGAUGGAAAGAGUGAGCUCCAAGAAUGGGACAGAAUCUAUGACUAUGCUUACUACAAUGAUUUGGGGAGACCUGAUGAGGAUCCAAAGUAUGAGCGUCCAGUUCUUGGAGGGUCUAGUAAGUACCCUUAUCCUCGCAGGGGAAGAACUAGCCGGCCACCAACAAAGAAAGAUCCCAAUACCGAGAGCAGGCUGAACCCUCUUAUGGCCCUAAACAUUUAUGUCCCAAGAGAUGAAAAAUUUGGUCCCUUAAAGAUCUCAGACGUCUUUGCUUUUGGACUUAAAGCCAUAGCUCAUAUCCUCAAACCUGAGCUUAGUCAAUUGGACUUCACCCCCAAUGAGUUUGACAGCUUACAAGAUGUACUCAAACUCUAUAAAGGAGGGAUUGAGCUUCCUAAAGUGUUACGUGAGAAUAUUAGAAACAUUGUCCCCAAAGAGGUGCUUAAGGAAAUCAUCCGAACCGACAGUGAAGGACUCCUCAAAUUCCCAGUACCUCAAGUUAUUAAAGGGGAUGUGUCUGCUUGGAGGACUGAUGAAGAAUUUGCAAGAGAAAUGCUGGCUGGAGUAAACCCCGUCAUCAUUCGUCUCCUCCAAGAAUUCCCUCCAUCAAGCAAGUUGGAUAGUACAAUAUAUGGUGAUCAAACUAGUACAAUAACCAUGGAGCACGUAGAAAAGUACUUAAAUGGGCUCACCAUAGAUGAGGCAAUCAGGAACAAGAAGCUAUUCAUAUUAGAUCACCAUGAUGCACUAAUGCCAUACUUGUGGAGGAUCAUAAACUGCACUUCCACAAAGAUUUACGCCAGCAGGACACUCCUUUUCUUGAAAGAGGAUGGGACUUUGAAGCCAUUGGCGAUUGAAUUAAGCUUGCCUCAUCCUAAUGGAUAUCAAUUUGGAGCCGUAAGCAAAGUAUACACCCCAGCCGAAGAAGGUGUGCAGAGCAACAUUUGGCAAAUGGCUAAAGCUUAUGUAGCUGUGAAUGACACUGGGUAUCAUCAGCUCAUCAGCCACUGGUUACAUACCCACGCGGCAAUCGAGCCAUUCGUGAUAGCAACCAAUAGGCAGUUGAGCGUGCUUCACCCAAUUUAUAAACUGCUGCAUCCUCACUUCCGUGACACGAUGAAUAUAAAUGCAUUGGCCCGGGAGAUCCUCAUCAACGCUGGUGGUGCCCUGGAGCACACAGUAUUUCCAGCUAAAUUUUCCAUGGAGUUUUCAUCAAUGCUUUAUAAAGAUUGGGUUUUUCCUGAGCAAGCUCUCCCUUCUGAUCUCAUAAAGAGAGGGAUGGCAGUUAAGGAUGAGAAUUCCCCACAUGGUGUCCGCCUUGUGAUUGAGGAUUAUCCUUAUGCUGUUGAUGGGCUGGAAAUAUGGUCAGCAAUUAAAGAAUGGGUUGAAGACUACUGCUCCUUCUAUUACAAGACUGAUGACAUGGUCCAAAAUGACUCUGAACUGCAGUCCUGGUGGAAGGAACUCAGAGAGGAGGGUCAUGGUGACAAGAAAGAUGAGCCCUGGUGGCCCGAAAUGCAGACUCUUGAAGAGCUAGUAGAAACAUGCACCAUCAUCAUAUGGAUCGCUUCAGCCCUCCAUGCAGCAAUUAACUUUGGACAGUACCCUUUGGGAGGCUACCCUCCAAACCGCCCAGCAAUUAGCCGUCGGUUCAUGCCUGAAGAAGGCACUCCUGACUAUAAAGAGCUUAAGACUAAUCCUGAAAAGGCUUUCUUGAAAACAUUUAGUUCCCAGCUGCUUACUGUUAUUGGAAUUGCUGUUAUAGAAGUCUUGUCAAAGCACUCAUCUGAUGAGAUUUAUCUCGGGCAAAGAGACACUCCCAAGUGGACUUCAGACACAAAACCAUUGGAAGCCUUUUAUAGAUUUGGAAUGAAGCUGGCAGAAAUUGAGGAUAGAAUAACAAGAAGGAACUAUGACAAGAAGUUGAGGAACCGUGUUGGCCCUGUCAAGAUGCCAUACACUUUGCUCUAUCCUUCCAGCGGACAAGGACUAACUGGCAAGGGCAUUCCCAACAGCGUCACAAUCUAAUGAUUUCCCGUGUACUACACUGUUUUUGCGUUUUCGUAUCAGCAAAAUUGUUGAAUAUUUACAUCAAGAGUCUUUUUAUUCCCCCAUUUUAUUUUCCAGUAUACCAACUUAGCAUCAUAUUCAAUGCUAUUUUUAUUCAUUGAUUUCCUA